GAGGACUGGUGCUCUGCAGGCGAGGACCGUGUUUCACUGUCAUGGUCUCGCCCAACCGUCCCUGUCGUGCUGUUUUGUCCCCGACAUGCUUGCACGAGACGCACAUUCGACCAGUACCUCUAUCCUUCAGCCAUGGCUGAAAGUGGGCGAGCACGAGCAUGUGGCAGAUCGAAGCCACAAUCUACUCAGGUCGCUUCAGUAGCAGUCGCUGGGAGAAAAACAACUAGAGACGAGCUUCAGGACAAGACCGGCUCCUCCUUGAGGACUCUCUCGUUCAAGCCGCAAUGCUCCCAGAGAACAGAUCAGCUGGCAAUGGUGGCUACCUGCAUUGCCUGGGUCUGAGCAUCGACCUCUCACUCCAGAUCUGUGCAAUUUGUCACAGCUGUGUGGUGUGCCUCACACUCGGUCAUUGCUGGC